AUGUUCUAUUCUAGUCUUUCUGUUUUACCGGUGCUUGCUGGCAUUGCCAGUGCCAUCAAUAUCACUGCAUCUGCAAGUGGUGGGAAUGCCUCUUCUCCAUUAGCAUAUGGUCUCAUGUUCGAGGACAUCAAUCAUUCUGGUGAUGGUGGAAUCUAUGCCGAACUGAUUCAAAAUCGAGCAUUUCAAGGAAACCGAGAAUUUGCAUCUACUUUGGAGCCAUGGACAGCAAUUGGAAGUUCAGUCUUGACCUUGCAAAAUACAUCAAUACCAUUAUCCUCAGCAUUGCCUACAUCAGUCAAUGUUCGUGCAUCAUCCAAUGGCACAUAUGCAAAUAGCACGGGGACAAUUGGACUCUCCAAUCCCGGAUGGUGGGGAUUCAGUGUCCAACCUCAAAAAUAUACCGGAAGUUUUUGGGUUCUGGGUGCAUACACGGGAAACUUCACGGCAAGCUUGGUCGGUGCAACUUCUGGAACCGUGUUUGCGAGUGUCGAUAUACCAUCCAACUCUACCUCUGAAAAAUGGACCGAAUUCCCUUUCACCCUCGAACCUACCGCUGCAGCUCCAGAUGUCAAUAACAAUUUCACCAUCGAAUUCGAAAGUGGUCAUUCUCUCAACUUCAAUCUCAUCAGUCUCUUCCCACCAACUUACAAUGACAGACCAAAUGGUCUUCGACCAGAGCUUGUACAAGCCAUGAAAGAUCUAAACCCAAGUUUCUUCAGAAUUCCAGGAGGAAAUAACAUUGAGGGAGACUCUUACGGUUACCGAUGGGCGUGGAAUGAGACAAUUGGCCCUCUCAAAGAUCGUCCAGGAAGACCAGGUAUGAACCUGGGGUUACCAAACACCGAUGGACUUGGUUUGAUUGAAUACAUGAACUGGUGCACCGAUCUCAAUGUCGAGCCAGUCCUAGCAGUCUGGGCCGGUCUUUACCUACGUAGCGACGAUACACAAGUAUUGGUUGUACCUGAAGCCGAACUCCAACCAUAUGUUGAUGAUGUGAUGAACGAACUCGAGUUCCUCAUGGGCGAUACCAGCACAACAUACGGAGCUCUUCGUGCUUCCCUUGGUUACCCCGAACCGUGGAAAAUCAACAUUAUAGAAGUGGGCAAUGAAGAUAACCUCAGCGGAGGAGAACCCUCAUAUAUCGCCUACCGCUGGCCUAUGUUUUUCAAUGCCAUCCAUGCGAAAUACCCAGAUAUCCUCGUCCUCUCUUCGACUCAAGAUCUUCGCUCUGUUGGUCCUCCUCACACAUCUGGAACGGAUUUCCAUCAAUAUCUCAGACCCGAUGAUUUUGCAGUCCAAUUCGAACUCUUCGAUAACGCAAAUCGAUCUUACCCCAUCUUACUAGGCGAGUAUGCCGUCAUCCAACCAAACGCAAAUGGUGUACCCGUCGACUGGAGCGCCGCCAAAUUAGACUACGGAACUUGGGUUGGUGCAGUCGGUGAAGCCAUCUACCUUCUCGGCAUGGAAAGAAAUGGCGACAUCGUCCUCGGAGCCUCAUAUGCUCCUGGAUUCCAAAACAUCAAUUCAUCCCAAUGGACCCCCGAUCUCAUAACCUUCAGCGCCGACCCCGCCAAAACGGUCCUCAGCUGUUCCUGGCACCAACUCCAACUCCUCUCCACCCACCGCUUCAACGCCACCGUUCCCUUCCGCGUCUCCAACUCCGGUAAUGGCACCUCGCCCUUCGGUCCCGCGUUCUACGUCAUCGGCGUCAAUGAUCCCGGGGAAUAUGUCUUCAAAGCUGCAAUCUACAAUACCACCGCGCCGGUUCCGUUCUCGAUUGAUUUUGAAGGGGUGGAUGCGGGUGCGGUGGGGACGCUGACGGUGUUGAAUGUGCCCGAGGGAAAUGCGGUGAAUGUUUAUGGGGGUGAGGAUGUGGUUGUGAAGACGGUGAAGAAUGUUACGGCGGGGGCGGGGGGAAAGUUUGAGUUUGAGUUGAAGGAGUAUGAUAUUGCUGUUUUUACUACGUAG